CUCACAUGGAUCUGAUCGAGGCGAUUACGCCACACCCCAGCCGAGUAGACACUCGCAGUCGCCGAACCCUCGCAAGAGGAACAAACAGCUUGUGUAACAGCUGCAAGAGCCGGGGUUUCCUCCAGCAACCAGUUGCUCGCCGCGUUCCGUUCCGUGCCUUACUUUCAAGCUCCACAAUGUCGGGAAGGCGGCACUCACAGCGGCCUCUAAGCGAGACAGUGCCCGAGAAGUAGUCGAUGAUAUUCGGGUGAAGUUUUUGAACCACAACAUAUUGUCCUAGUCGUCGCAACUUUUUGGGAGGAAUGAAAGUCGCUUUGGUUGUUAAAAUGGGAUUGUUUUUGCACAACGUUGACUCUGUCACCCCUACAGCCUCCUCAACAGACAAGAGCCUACUUCUCUGCGAAGGUGUCAACAACCAAAGCUACAUGUGUGAAUCGGGUCACUGUUGUGGAGAAUCUCAGUGUUGCAGUUACUACUAUGAGCUUUGGUGGUUUUGGUUGGUCUGGGCUAUCAUCUUCAUUUUGAGCUGCUGCUGUGUGUGUCACCAUCGCCGCACCAAACACCGACUGCAGCAGCAGCAGCGACAGCACGAGAUCAACCUCAUUGCUUAUCGUGAAGCACACAACUAUUCCUCAGUGCCCUUCUACUUCAGGUUUCUACCAAGCUACCUGCUGCCAGAUUACGAAGAAGUAGUGAACCGUCCGCCUACGCCACCACCACCCUACAGUGCCUUACACACAGGAGCAUCGUCGGCAGUCUCGCAGCCUCAUCCUGAGCAGCAGGAUGGAUGCCUUCCAGCCGUUCAACCGGCUCCCGCACCCCCUGAUCCGGACGCCAUGUGCAGCGUGCCCAGUCAAGAGGAGCCACAACCAACUGAUUUAAUGCCUAAGGCUGAUAACAAGCCAACACAGACAACACAGGAUUCCGAGAUGAUACUUUUGUCAGAGGGGAUCAGUAGGGAGGGACUCAACCUCGAGGAUAAGAGAAGCGACUGCAAGGAUCCUCUUUUGAAGGACCUGUCGGAAGACAAAGAUCGACUCCCAAAUGGUAGAAGGCGUCGGUUUACAGGUGACUCUGGAAUCGAAGUGUGUGUGUGCGGCUCACGUGGGAGCAACGGUUGUAGUGGAGCAGGUGGCCUGGAAGGCAAGGAGAUGCGGGAGCUGGAGAGCCUGCUGGAUCGUGAGGGAGAUGUGGAGGAGGAGGCUGGAGACUUCUGUGAUAGCUGCGUUCACCGGGUUUCCUAUGGUGCGGAGGAGGAGCCGGCGCUCGGCGGGUCGGACAGACGACCGGCACCAGGAUCCUCCCAGCCUCCCAACAUAACAGGCGGCGCCUCACUGCACUCUCCAGUGUGCCUCCUCCUACACACCAUCAAUGAGCAGGAGGGUCCACACCACAGCACCAGCACUGAGGCGUAAGGUUGAAAGGCCCAACCGUGGAAGCUUUCUUAGCGGCACAAAGGUUUUCAAGCCUCAAGACAAUUUAGCUAUAGGUGCAAAUGAUCUGAGCUGGAACAUGAAGUGGGCUUGACUAACUUGACAAUUGGUGCAUAAGACGCAGCUUGCGCAGUUUGCAAGAUGUAAACAACUGGUUCGGCUGUGAAAACAGAAAUGAGAAGAGGGCCGAUUUCACUCAACUGGUGCAGGAAAAUUGUUACUUUAAGACACACUCAACACACAUCACACUGUUUGAGUAAGAGAGCAUAUACUGUAGAACCAUCUGAAAUGGGCCUGAAUAUGCUUUAUUUUCCCUCCGGCAAUUUUGAAAAUGCUUGUGUCGUGUUUUUGUUUGAUCCGAAUCACUAGCUAUAAGCGCAUUAACAAGUCUUUAUGUGAGCAAUUCCUACUUUGCACAAAUUGUAUUUAUCUUUUCUAAAUGAAGCUUUUAACUGAGACUAUUGUUUUGCUUUUCAUAAUUUAUGUCUUAAAUUGUAGCACGUUAAUAUCUUGAGGCUUCAAGUGCAUUAGAUUUCGUUAACUUCCUGAAUGUUAGCAUUAUGUGCCUAGCCACAGAGGUGAUGGGGUUGGGGACGUCAACUCCUUUGAGCCAUUUGAGCUGAUUGUCAUCUUCACUUGCAGUACAGCAUGAAAGCAUUGAUUUUCGAGUUGCUGCAUUUAAAUUCAUCCACCUUAUUUUUUCCAAUGUUAAGAGGUUACUUUUAAAUAUUUGUGUAGAGUUAAAUAUACAUGUGAUCAUUUGCACAAAACAACGCCAAACAUUUGCCCAUCUUCGACAGUGCGUUUGUGCUGUAUAAUAACCUGAGGUAUGAAUUGUUUUGUGCUUCAAAGUGCCCUCCCCCAGACAGAGUUUUGCUUGGGGGGUCGAAAUAGCGUAGGCAUAUUACUUGGCCUGUUAUGACACCAGUACAUUAAUCCCUUCAACAACAUACUGUAAUUGUUAUUAUUAUUAUUAUAACCCAACGCAACACCUAUAGACUGGAAUGGAUACUCUAACUAUGGAAUGGGCAAGACCUCAGACUCAAAAUUAUUUUUGUAUAAGCACCUAAGCAAUUGCCUGGGCUAAGACUGAAUGUCAGUUCACAUUGAUUAGAAUGGACGAAACGUUCCGAGUGCAGGAAUGUGAACAGUUUUGAGUUAUGAAUGAUGACAACGCUGCACUAUAAAAACGAAAUGGCCACAUGUAAAAGAUCAAUUUAUUGAUCUCUAACCUGCUGGUAGAAUGUUGCACAUCUGCCCCGCAAAUCCAAGUAUUGCAACGUUUUAACAGCCAGAUUAAGAAUGUACCUGAAUAAAGGACACUGAUUAUACUUUGAUACGUAUAUCUUUACAAAUGGAGUUUAUCUCAAAAUUUUAUGCAGACUAAUGCAACAUGCAGCAAAUUUUACCAAGCACAAGGUUUUCAUCAACCAACACAAAAGUUCACUGAAACGAUUACAAUUGUGCCCCCCACUAAAGAGAACUUCUGAAGCACAAUUUAUAUUAAGCUUUAAUGUCCUAACAAAACCAAUCAAAAGUUGAUUGUAGGUACUAUAUGUCUUGUAUAAUUUAUGUAACUUGUGGUAAAUGUAGCGCAUGAAUGAGCUAUUUUUCAUAUGAGCAAAAUCAUUGUGAGUGUACUUUAAAUAAAAAACAAUCUAACAUUGGGAAACCACUCUAUUUUUAAAUGUACGACCAUGUGAUGGAUUUUAGACAGGCGCAAGUAGCUUUAUUCAAUUUGACUUCAUGUCCUUAAGUGUCAAAUUUAUUGAGACGUGGUGAAGUUGUGUAAAGGGUACAUAACACUGGUCUGCAUCACCCCCCAACCCCUCCCAGCACCACCACUACCCCAAAAUAUACAUAAGAAACUGCUACCAAAGUAGCCAACAAAAUUCUCUAGGGCAUUUUUAGAUGUAGAAUACAAAUACCUCAAUUUUUUUUUCCAUGUUUUAAUUUUUUUCUUUAAGUGCAAGAAAAAUCUAGGCAUAUUAGAGCAGUGCAGCCAAGGGUAGAAAGGUACUUGUAUUUACUUGGCGUGUAGUAAUGAAGGUAACCAUAUAGAGAAAAUGAAGGGUGCCACUGUCUUCACUGUGAAAAACCUAUCUAGAACUUAUUUGUAUUUAUCUUUUGAUGCAGACCAGUGUAAUAAUUGAACAUACUUGUUCAACUCAAUCAGGUUAAAUCAUGCCAAAGACUCGCUUACUUCAUCACUGUGUGGAUCUGCACAUAUUCUUUGAAUGUUACUAUGUCAACACCAACCAACAUGGAUGUACUUUUAAUAAACAUUUCCAAUUUUAA